AUUUUUUUUAAAUAUGCCUCCAAAUUCAGAAGACAAAUCGCUCCCUGUUCUUCCCCAAAAUGGAGAAGGACAACUUAAAAUGGCAACGCCCUGGGCCCCUGGGCAGUCAGAAACUUACGCGAACUUUUAUUUUGCUCUCCUCCACGCCAGCGACGGCACCAGGAGAUUCUCAUUCUGCUGGUCUCCCUCGCAUCAGCCAAGCACCCAACAGAAGACAGAGGACACAUUUAAAUUCGGUAAGCUCUACGUGCGGUGGAAAAAUCGAGGUGGAGUGGGGGGCUAGCGAGGGUCCGGCAACAAAGCGCUUGGUUAAGCGCUCACUGGUUGUCUUUCGGGGCUUGUACCACGUGACCACGAAGGCCGCGGCUCUGGGAGACGUAGCAGCCGUCUUUGAGAAGAGCAGUCUAGUCCAAGCUCCCCUCCCCGCAAUGGAAAAGCACCGUACUUCCGUGACUCCACGAUGGUGCGCUUCUCGACGACAGUCAGUGACCUGGGACCACUGGCGCCAAAGCGAGAAAUUGACUGUGAGUCUGAACGAACGGUGGCGUCCAAAUCACCUCAGCACCUGGUUUCUGACAGCAAGUGAUGACCAAAGGUAUCAGGGUAUUUCCCUGCCACGUCAUUUCCACGCCACGCGAUCUCCACCACUGGACGGGAAUCCAGCAUGUGAGCCUAUGACGGUGACGUUUUGGGACUGGACCCCCGUGCUGUUUUGUACUUCCCAUCGAUGGCCCAAAAUAAAGCCAAGAGGUCAGCAGAGACGCGUGGAGGUGCCGGGCUCGAUGCUAAGACACUUCAACUCCACUUGGCCAGAGCACGGGUAUGCCUGCCAAGAGACCACCAUGGUACUACGCCUUCAGCAAAUAUCCCCUUUGGGGGAAAACCUACAGCUACCCGUUACCUCCAGUUAGAAAAUAUGAAUCAAAAACUUAACGUUAAACUUGUCAGGGGGACUUUGGGAAUCUCCAUCCUCACCGCCGCAACAUCUUUAGGCAACGGGAAAGUCCUCCACGUUAAACAGGGUUAAAUCAUGUCCAGACGAGGCCAUCUGCUUUGAGUGACACCUAAAGAUUUGAGACCAUCUCAAGGGAAGAACCUCAGGGUGCGAGAUGAGGGGGGAAGCUGGAGUGGUGGUUAAGGGCACAAGCUUUUGAGCCAGACACGCUCGAGUCCAAUUCCGGCCCCGCCUCUAACUUGUGACCGUGCGACCCAUGACACGUUACCGAGCUUCUCAGAGUCUCCGCGUCCUCAGCUACGAAAUAAAAACAAUCACACCGACAUCAUAAAGCUGCUUGGACACUGAAAGGGUUACUGUGGAAACUGCUCUUAACACAAUAUGUAAUGUUUAAGAUGCAUUCAACAAAGGGGCACCUGGGGGGGCUCAGCUGGCUAAGCGUCCAACUCUUGGUUUCAGCCCUGGUCGUGAUCUCACCGUUGUGAGAUCGAGCCCCACCUCGGGGUCUGCACUGAGUACGGAGUCUGGUUGGGAUUCUCUCUCCCUAUCUCUCUGCCCCUCCGCUGCGUGUGCUCACUCGCUCUCUCUCUC